GGUACAAACUCCGAGGCUUACUAGUCCAAUACUUAUCUUUGGAAUAGUUUGGAUUGCCUAUCGCCCAUAUAAUUCAGCUGAGCAAUUGUGUUUGUGUGUGUGUGUGUGUGUGUUCAGCUGCCCCGCCAAUACUGCUAGCGCAACCACCGUGGAAGGUGGCGCGUGAGAAGUGUUGGGGGCAACUCACAAUGGGUCAGGAGCUUAGCUGUGGAGAACGCAGAAGAGAGAGUGGUCUGUUCCAUGCGGUUCAGGAUGGUGAACUGGAGUUAGUUGAGGCUAUGGUAGAGGCACACCCAAGUGUGUUGGAACUCACCAUUGGAUAUGGGAGACUCUCUGCUCUUCACGUGGCCGCUGCUAAUGGUCGGAUCCAGGUUCUUUCUAUGCUGUUGGGUCGGUCUCUUAAUCCGGAUAUCUUGAAUCGACAUAAACAGACCCCGUUGAUGUUGGCGGCAAUGCAUGGGAAUAUUUCUUGCGUGCAAAAGCUUAUUGAAGCAGGAGCAAAUAUAUUGAUGUUUGAUUCUGUACAAGGAAGAACCUGCUUGCAUUAUGCUGCUUGCUAUGGCCAUUCAGAUUGCCUGCAAGCUAUUCUUUCUGCUGCACAUUCCACCCCUGUUGCUGAUUCCUGGGGAUUUGCAAGAUUUGUGAACAUAAGAGAUGGAAAGGGUGCAACCCCACUACAUUUAGCUGCUCGUCAAAGACGGCCAGAGUGCGUUCAUAUCCUUUUAGACAGUGGGGCUCUUGUUUGUGCUUCAACUGGUGGAUAUGGCUACCUAGGGAGUUCACCCCUUCAUUUAGCUGCUCGUGGCGGUUCGUUGGAAUGUGUCCGUGAAUUGCUUGCCUGGGGAGCGGAUAGGCAUCAAAUAGAUUCAUCUGGGAGAAUACCACACACAGUUGCUCUGAAGCACAAGCAUCGAGCAUGUGCAGCCUUGCUGAACCCUUCAUCAGCAGAGCCUCUUGUCUGGCCAUCACCUUUGAAGUUCAUCAGCGAGCUUAAUCCAGAAGCAAAAGCACUGUUAGAGAGGGCCUUGAAAGAAGCAAACAUGGAGAGGGAGAAGACCAUAUUGAAGGAGACUGAAUACUCUGUUCCAUCUCCUUUGGAUUUUGAUGUUGGGGCUGACGACAAUAUGUCUGAGGCUAGCGAUGUGGAGCUAUGCUGCAUAUGCUUUGACCAGGUAUGCACAAUUGAGGUCAGACCAUGCAGUCAUCAAAUGUGUGCUCAUUGCACUCUAGCCCUAUGCUGCCACAAGAAGCCCAACCCUACAACUGCUUGUUCUACUGCCCCUGUUUGUCCAUUUUGCCGAAGCAGUAUUUCCCAACUAGUAGUUGCUGAGAUCAAGACUGGCAAUGAUUCAGAACUUGAACUUAGUCCUUCCAAGCCUAGGAAAUCAAGAAAGUCAAAUUUCAGUGAAGGCAGCAGCAGUUUCAAGAGUUUAUCUGCCAUGGGCUCGUUCACCAAAUUGGGCGGUCGCAGUCCAGGAAAGGUUGCUGCUGGAUGCAAUGAGGUUGAUAAGCCUUGAAGUAGCAGUUCUGGUGCAUUUGCUUUCUCAAACGGGGGUAAAAUAGCUAUCCUGAAUUUGGUUCAGAGAUGAGACCCGCAUGGGUAUGUAUUUCAAACUCCAAUUAUAUAUAUACGUCUUAAUAGAAUCCAUAAGUACAAGGCCCUUAGGUAAGUGUCGGUUGAUGAAUUCCAUUCUAUAGAUUGUAGUCUGCUUCUCUAAAUAUUGAGAAGUGGCGAUGCUUAUGAAAGCUUGUUACCUAAGUACUUAAAUCUAUUUUUUCCUUCUAUAUAGUCAGUUUUUGUUUUAA